AUGCCGCUGGGCGGGCGCCGCGAUGCAGCCGCGGGGGCGCUGGGGCUGCUGGCGGGCGGCGGCGGAGGCGGCGGCGGAGGAGGCGGCGGCGCGCUCCCGCUCAGCCCCGCCGCCCUGUCCCGCCGCCUGGCCCGCCUGCGCGAGCUCCGCGCCCGCUCCCGGAUCCUGCUGGCGCUGGGCGUCUCGCAGAUGGCGCUGGGCUGCCUGAUCGUGGCCGUCAGCUUCGCCGCCCUGGCGCUCACCACCUCGGCCCGCGUCCGGCACUCCUGCCCCUUCUGGGCCGGCUUCUCGGUGCUGCUGUCUGGACUGAUUGGUGUGGUCUCUUGGAAAAGGCCCCUGUCCCUUGUGAUAACCUUUUUCAUGCUGCUGUCAGCAGUCUGCGUGAUGCUGAAUUUAGCCGGCUCCAUUCUCUCCUGUCAAAAUGCUCAACUAGUGAACUCUCUAGAAGGGUGUCAGUUGAUUAAAUUUGACAGUGACAGUGUCUGCGUGUGUUGUGAGUUGCAGCACCAGACGUCUGGCUGCAGCCUCGGGGAGAUGUUGAAAUUGAACCCACUGCAGGAGUGCAACACGGUCAGGUUGACCCUUAAGGACCUGCUGUUUAGUGUUUGCGCUCUCAAUAUCAUCUCCACCAUUGUGUGUGCAUUGGCAACGGCAAUGUGCUGCAUGCAGAUGGUCUCCUCCGAUGUUCUGCAAAUGUUCUUGCCCCAGAGGUCUCAUUCUGCAAAUCCAGACUGCAUGACCCCUCAUGGGACUAUCCUGCACCAGAUGUUGGACUUUGACGAGUUUAUUCCUCCCAUUCCACCGCCACCUUAUUACCCACCGGAAUAUACCUGCACGCCAGCCACGGAGACACAAAGGGCUUUCCACCUGGACUUUCCACACUCUUCCUUCAGCGCGUUAUACGAGGUGACCAUCAACAGCCCUGGGAUCCUCUACCCAGCUGAGCUGCCUCCCCCUUACGAGGCAGUUGUCGGACAAGCUCCAACUAACCAGGUCACCAGUAUGGAACAGCAAAUCACGGAGUCCAACUUGGCAGAGCGAAAUGCAGCAACAGGUUUCAACAGCCAAGGUGGUCUUGGAGGAAGAGGGGCAAGAAACAGAAGUUGCUCCAGCCUGAACAACCGCAAGUUAACCCAAAGUUGCUUGCCGGACUCUCCAGACGAUGAGGUUGUUGGCCGCAGCCAGACCACUGUGGACCGGCCUCGUAGCAGGACAUGCUCUCAAAGCCGGCUCUCGGACUGUUCGCCAGAGAGUGCUGGCAUUCCCGAGAGAGACUCUUUUGGCUUGGCCGGAGAAGACAAAGCCACCCCUUCGUCGAAGCCACUGAAGAUGUGUUGUGGGGUCUUCAGCCAUCCAGCUGCCCCACAGACUCUCUGCCCCCACUGCUCAGUGCCUGUAAACAGUUUGCCCCACAGAUGCUUCAAGAGGACAGCCCAGCCACGGGGAAGGAAAAACGCCAUUUGCAACAUUGUCCGGUCCAGCAGUGAUCCUUUGUCCUUUUCAGCUACUACAGAAGUUCCCGUGUCUGGUCCUCACGUGGCUGCCUCUACUUGCCAGGAACCCGGGAACCGACUUGUGCCAACCGGGAAACCAAGGGACCCCCCAAAAGCCGAACUUUCCCAGAAGCCAAAGGUCAUCCUGAGCCUCUGCAAAGAGCGGCCCCAUUCCCUGGUGGACCUGCAGGCCUACAAAGACACUAAGAUUCUGGUGGCCAAAUUUUUGGAACAUUCGAACUGCAACUUGACCCCAGAAGUGCGUCAUGUGGUCAACAGCAUCCGGUCUGUCAUCAAGUCUGAUGAACGGCACAUGGAAGAAGCCAUCUUUAGCGCCAACAUCAUUGAUCAGGUCAUCAUGGGCUCCCAGCAGACUAUGGAUACCUCGAGAAAGUGGCUUCAGGAAGACCUCCAUCUCCAGAGCUGCGGAGCCCUAAGCUCUCCUGUUGCCUUCCUACGCAGGGCCCCCAUCACACAUGCCUUUGAAAGAGGAAGACCCCACAGUUUAAUUGAAGUGUGCCGAGAGACCAUCCUUUGA